UGAAAAUAAUAUUUGACUGAAACUUGUCUUUGAGUCAAGUUGUUCCAGUUGGUUUUAUAAUAAGUAUUUAUUAAAUUGGUUGGGCUUACACACAUAAUAGUUCUAAAAAUAUGGUUAGAAAGAUGUUCACUUAUUUGAAUUCGCAUAAAAUUUUAAUUAAUUACUUUUUUUAAAUGAAAAUUUAAAAAUAAUAGUCUAAAAUGGCAGAGGACUCGGAUAUUUUGUGUGAUUCAGUAAAUUUACUUACAGAAGGUUGUCGUUUGUCUGUACGAAUGCAUAGUAGUGAUGAUUGGCCUUUAGCAGAAAUAAUAAGUAUUAAAGAAGCAGGAAACACUAGAUAUUAUUAUGUUCAUUAUAUUGAUUAUAAUAAGCGAUUGGAUGAGUGGGUAAAAGAAGAAAGGUUAGAUACUCGUAAAGUUCAAUAUCCUAGGAAAGAUGGUUUAACUUCUGCUGGCAAUACAGGUGGUACUGGUACAAGUACGCCUAAUCGUAAAGCUGAAAAUGUAUCAAUAUUAUCUCAAAGUAGACCUGCUUCUCCUUUAAGUAUACCACCAGCACCUACUCCAAAUGAUCCAACAGUUCUGUCUGCUGCAUUACAAAAAAAAAUUGCUAGAAAAAGAAAAAUAAUCGAUAAUGAAGAGUCUUUAGAGUUAUCUACAACAACACCUCGACAAACAGGUUCAAUGGUUAUGCAGCAUGAUGAUGUUGUAACACGUAUGAAAAAUGUAGAAAUGAUUGAACUUGGUUUACAUAGAAUAAGUCCAUGGUAUUUUUCACCUUAUCCUCAGGAAAUGGUUAAUUUAAAUUGUAUAUAUGUAUGUGAAUUUUGUCUUAAGUAUAAGAAGAGUAGAACUUCACUCUAUCGUCAUAGUAUAAAAUGUAAUUUAAGACAUCCACCCGGUACUGAAAUAUACCGAAAAGAAUCAAUAUCAUUUUUUGAAAUUGAUGGCCGAAAAAAUAAAUCUUAUUCACAAAAUCUAUGCUUACUGGCAAAGUUAUUUCUUGAUCAUAAAACAUUAUACUAUGAUACAGAUCCAUUUUUAUUUUAUGUUAUGACUGAAUAUGACUCUAAAGGUUUUCACAUAGUUGGGUAUUUCUCUAAAGAAAAAGAAUCGACUGAAGAUUACAAUGUUGCCUGUAUUCUUACAUUACCUCCAUAUCAACGAAAAGGCUAUGGAAAACUAUUAAUUGAAUUUAGCUAUGAACUUUCAAAGUUUGAAGGGAAAACAGGUACACCAGAAAAACCUUUAUCAGAUUUGGGAUUAUUAUCAUAUCGCAGUUAUUGGAGUCAAACUAUAUUGGACAUACUAUUGACUGUAAAACCAACACCUGAUAAUGAAAAACCACAAAUAACUAUUAACGAAAUUUGUGAAUUAACUAGUAUUAAAAAAGAAGAUGUUGUUUCAACAUUACAAAUUCUGAAUUUGAUCAAUUAUUACAAAGGUCAAUAUAUUAUAUCAAUUAACAAAGAAAUAAUUAGUACUCAUAUUGACUCACUUCAAAAAAGAAAAAUAAGAAUUGAUCCGAAAUGCUUACAUUGGACUCCUAAGGAUUGGUCUAAACGAGCUAAAUGGUAA